AUGGGGAGAUACGUUUCAGUUGUUUUGAGUGCCUGUUUUGUGGUUUUCUGGACUCCUUCAGCAGUUUUAUCUCAAAACUGCUCGUGUUCCCCAGCCAACAUGACAAUCAAGGCUGUAGUGGUUCUUACCGGCUCCGAGGGUGUCAAUGGCACUGUCACCUUUGAGCAGCUCGAAUCUGGCUCGACUGUGGUGAACGGCAAGAUCACUGGCCUCAAGCCCGGGCUUCACGGAUUUCACGUGCACGCCCUGGGUGACACCACGAACGGCUGCAUGUCCACAGGCCCGCACUUCAAUCCGGCGAACAAAACUCACGGCGCUCCGGAAGACGAGGAGAGGCACGCGGGAGACCUUGGGAAUGUCGUUGCUGAUGAGGCUGGGGUUGCGGAGUUCACCAUAACAGAUUCACAGUGCAAUUGCCGGCCACGUACUAUCAUGCACUCAUCCUCCCCCCUCCUCCACCCCAACCUUCAGAUCCCUCUGUCUGGCCCUAACUCUAUCAUUGGCCGUGCUGUUGUCGUGCAUGCUGACAUCGACGACCUUGGCAAGGGUGAGAGCAUGCAAGGAGGGUGA